AUGUUUGCUAAAUUCAUCACAGGUGUCCUCACCCUUUGCGGUCGUGCUCAGGAGGAGGCAAACGAUCUGAAGCCCAUUGUCUCGUGCAACCACGGUUGUGCAUCGAAGAGACAUGGUCACGCCGACGCCGCGCAACUGCGAGCCCAAGAAGACGAGAGGUUGUUCAAGGUCCACGGACGUUGGUGCAACUUCAAGACUCAGGUAAAGGGCUGGCGGGUCUGUCUGGCGACAGCCGUCUUGCUUGAACCCUUAGAGAAUGAGAGCCGCGAGCAACCUUCUGAUCUGGUGCCUGAUUGGGAGGCUGCUAUGAAGCUCCCACCAGAGGAUCAAGUAUCCACACCAGUGAAGGCUGCGAAGUUGAGGCAGGGUCCAUCCCAAGGCACGUGA